AUGGAGAGGUAUGCACAUCUCUUUAUCUCCUUCUCCUUGCUGUUCUCCUUCUUAAAUUACUCCUUGUUUGUUGAUAAGUCUAUGGCCUCACCGUUCCAACUCAACCAUGACCAACUAAACAUCAUGGUAAAUCUCUCCAAGAGCCUCUCUCCUUAUUCUAUGAGUGAGUGGAACACCAGUGACCCAAAUCCUUGCCUUUGGGAGAGGGUCACUUGCUCCGCCGGCCCCUCGACCGUCGUGACCGGCCUCUCCCUCUCCUAUCUCGGUCUCUCCACUGGCGCUGAUGUUAGUGACUUCUUUAGCAUUCUUUGUCGCCUCGACACCUUACAGUACCUCGACUUCUCGCUAAACAACAUAGCCACGAUACCUGAUUCGUUUUUCUCCAAUUGCACCGGCCUCUCCGGGUUGAAGUCCCUCGAUCUCAGCUUCAAUUAUUUUGGUGGCCCGGUUCGUAAUUUCUCGAGCUUUGCAAGUUUGGAGACUCUGGACUUGUCCCACAACUUACUAGAAGGAGCUGUGGGAACCCAGUUGAGUUCCUUAUCCAAAUUGAAAAGCUUGAAUCUUAGCUCAAAUUUAUUGAUGGGAACCAUCCCCACUUUCGUCAUCGACGGUAGAAGAGUUGCGGUCUUUGAAGAGCUUGUGCUUUCGUAUAAUCAAUUCACUGGCACGAUACCCA